CAGGAGGCCAGGGGCGGGGCAAGCUACAUGUUAAAUAUUUCUGUCCAGUACUCCACUGGCCUCUAGUCCCAGUCUUCUCAGCAGGAAGUGUGACCACGAUCAAUCAUGACGACUUACAGCGACAAAGGAGAGAAGCCUGAAAGAGGCCGAUUCCUCCACUUUCACUCUGUGACCUUCUGGGUUGGCAAUGCCAAGCAGGCUGCAUCGUAUUACUGCAGUAAGCUGGGCUUUGAGCCUCUAGCCUACAAGGGCCUGGAGACCGGUUCCCGGGAAGUGGUGAGCCAUGUGGUCAAGCAAGGGCAGAUCGUGUUCAUCUUCUCCUCUGCCCUCAACCCCUGGAACAAAGAGAUGGGCGAUCACCUGGUGAAACAUGGCGAUGGCGUGAAGGACAUUGCGUUCGAGGUGGAGGAUUGUGACUACAUUGUGCAGAAAGCCCGGGAACGAGGCGCCAAGAUUGUGCGGGAGCCCUGGGUAGAGCAAGAUAAGCUUGGGAAGGUGAAGUUUGCUGUGCUACAGACGUAUGGGGACACGACACACACCCUGGUGGAGAAGAUGAACUAUACUGGCCGGUUCCUGCCUGGAUUCGAGGCACCAGCAUUCAUGGACCCCCAACUUUCCAAGCUGCCCAACUGCAGUCUCGAGAUAAUCGAUCACAUUGUGGGAAACCAGCCUGAUCAAGAGAUGGUGUCUGCCUCUGAAUGGUACCUGAAGAACUUGCAGUUCCACCGUUUCUGGUCCGUGGACGACACGCAGGUGCACACGGAGUACAGCUCUCUGCGGUCCAUCGUGGUGGCCAAUUAUGAGGAGUCCAUCAAGAUGCCCAUUAAUGAGCCAGCACCAGGCAAGAAGAAGUCCCAGAUCCAGGAAUAUGUGGACUAUAACGGGGGCGCUGGGGUCCAGCACAUUGCUCUCAAGACCAAAGACAUCAUCACAGCAAUUCGCCACUUGAGAGAGAGAGGCGUGGAGUUUUUGGCUGUUCCAUCCACAUACUACAAACAACUGCGGGAGAAGCUCGAGUCGGCCAAGAUCCGGGUGAAGGAGAAUAUUGAUAUCCUAGAGGAGCUGAAGAUCCUGGUGGACUACGACGAGAAAGGCUACCUCCUGCAGAUUUUCACCAAACCCAUGCAGGACCGGCCCACGCUCUUCCUGGAAGUCAUUCAGCGCCACAAUCACCAGGGUUUUGGAGCCGGCAACUUCAAUUCACUGUUCAAGGCCUUUGAGGAAGAGCAGGACCUGCGAGGCAACCUCACCGACAUGGAGCCCAACGGGGUUGUGUCCAGCAUGUAGGCGCCGCAGGUCCCGCAAGAGCCACCGAGGCCCCGCCCACCUUCAGGAGCGAGUCGCAGGGGACCACGCCCCCUCGUCCUGUGCCCCGCCCACUCCACUGGAGCUGAAAGGAGCCCUCCUUAGCGACCACGCCCUUUUAGGCCCCGCCCACUACCCGACUCCUGGACCCCUCCCACACACACUAAAUAUUCCUUACCAUGCCUCUUCGUUGGGGCCUCUACCUCUCUUGUCCUCGGGUAUAAAGCAAAGCAGAGUCCAA